GCGGAGCUAAGCAAGUGACAGCACAAAAACUUUGUUAGCUCCUGGCUAACUUCGUCUGUUCAGCGAUGUUACGAGCUUGACUAAGCACACGAGAAAUACUGCGAAAGAUGGAGUGUAAUGGAGUGGAUGAUGGAGAACUGUGCAAGCUGUCCAGCUCAGUGCUGAUGAACAGCAAAAAUGACUUCAGAGCACGGCUACAGCAGUUUGUGGAGGAGAGGAUGCAGACCACCAUGCUCACCGGUGUGCUGAUUGGAGCUGCAGUCGCAGUCUCACUGAUCGGCAUUGUGGUGCUGUUCCUUUACAGGAGAUUCAAACUUGCUCGUGAACAACAGCCUGGAGUACCUCACUAUCGCUUCAGGAAACGAGAUAAAGUGCUCUUCUAUGGAAGGAAGAUAAUGCGAAAGGUCCAGACGCUGUCCUCGAUUCCUCCUCCCCCCUCUACCUCUGUGUCAAAGCAACCGCAGCGAAUACGCAAAAGAACCAAAGUGUUGAGCAUAGCUCGCAAAAUCCUGAGAAUCCGUAAAGACCCUCCCACCCUGCAGCCUAAGGAACCCCCUCCCUCCUUGCUUGAGGCCGACUUAACAGAGUUUGAUGUGCAGAGUUCAAACCUGCCCUCUGAAGUCCUCUACAUGCUUAAAAACGUCAGGGUCUUGGGCCAUUUUGAAAAGCCCCUGUUUCUGGAGCUGUGUCGCCACAUGGUGUUUAUUGAGCUGCAGGAGGGUGAAGGCCUGUUCAAGCCAGGAGAUGACGAUGAUAGCAUCUUCGUUGUCCAGGACGGACAACUCGAGCUCUACAUCCAAGAGAAUGAUGGGACAGAACCAGUGGUGAAGGACGUGCACCCGGGAGACAGCGUCCACAGUCUGCUCAGUAUUCUGGACAUUAUCACCGGUUAUCCAGCUCCGUACAAAACUGUAUCAGCACGGGCUGCAACUCGCUCCACCAUCUUGCGUUUACCUGCAUCAGCCUUUGAGUCGGUGUUCAGGAAAUACCCAGAAACACUUGUUCGCGUCAUUCAGAUAAUCAUGGUGCGCCUCCAAAGAGUCACCUUUUUGGCGUUACAUAACUAUCUGGGCCUAACAACUGAGCUCUUCAAUCCGGAAAGUCAGGCAGUGCCCUUGACCAACAUAAACAACGUAAUGGGAGAGGCAAAUUCGGGAAAGACGACCCGCCGUCUCCACUUCCAGGAUGAGUUACCUGCUGGGACCACAGAGAGUCCUUCAGAGUCAGAUGGUGUAAAGGACAGCCCUUCAAACAGCUACAGGAAGCUGCGAUCCAUCUCGAUGCCCCCCGACUGCGCCGGUAACGACCUGAACAUGGCAUGGGAACGAGCUCGAGUCAACAUAGAGGAGGCACCACCCAGUCCUCUCACUCAAAAAUCCAGUCUGAAGAAGAGUGUGACAAUGCAGCACACGCCAUCUGAGGUGUUUCACUACACAGACAGCGGAGGGCACUCUGAUGCCAUCCACCUCAGUAAGAGCAGCACAAUCCUCCAGGCUGCCAAGAAGGACCUGCUGGGACUCAUCCAGCUGCAGGACCCCAGUCUACUUGAGGGCAGAGUAACCCUUCACCACGUCAAAGCCGGUUCUGUGGUGGCUCGUCAAGGAGACCAGGUGGAAGCCCUGACACAUCAGAACAGAGCCACUACGGUGCACGCUGUACGAGACUCUGAGCUGGCCAAGCUACCAGAAGGAGCUCUCAGCUCCAUCAAGAGGAAGUUCCCACAGGUUGUCACCAGGUUGAUCCACCUACUUGGACAGAAGAUCCUCCAGCAGGUCAACGGUCCUUUGACAGCUCGCAGUUUGGCCCUUCACACUCCGGGAAGUAAGUGGGAUGCUGGGAACCAAGCCUCCAACCUCUCCACCGUGGCCGUCCUGCCUGUGUCAGAGGAGGUGCCGCUGACUGCCUUCACCCUGGAACUGCAGCACGCACUCAUUGCAAUAGGUCCCACUCUUCUGCUGACCAGUGAUAUUAUCAAACAACGCCUCGGAGCUGCAGCACUAGACAGUGUGCACGAGUACCGUCUGUCCAGCUGGCUGGGCCAACAAGAGGACAUCCAUCGCAUAGUUCUUUACCAGACCGACUACACGCUGACCCCUUGGACGCAGCGGUGCAUCCGUCAGGCUGACUGCAUCAUUAUCGUGGGACUGGGGGAGCAGGACCCCGCCGUUGGGGAGCUGGAGCGCAUGUUGGAGGGAAGUGCCGUGCGUGCCCAGAAGCAGCUGGUGCUGUUGCACAGAGAAGACAGCCCCCCACCCAAAGGAACCGUGGACUGGCUCAACAUGCGAAGCUGGAUCUCCAGACACCACCACCUCUCCUGUCCCCGAAGGGUCUUCUCUAAGCGGAGCCUUCCCAAACUGUUGGAGCUGUAUCAACGGGUGUUUGAGAAGCCAGCAGACCGUCACUCUGACUUCUCCCGCCUGGCUCGCGUUCUCACGGGCAACGCUAUCGCUCUCAUCCUGGGAGGAGGAGGGGCCAGGGGAUGCUCCCAGGUGGGAAUAAUGCGGGCGCUCUGUGAGGCCGGCAUCCCAGUGGACCUCAUUGGCGGCACUUCAAUCGGUUCCCUGAUGGGGGCACUAUAUGCCGAGGACCGUAGCCACAGCCGCAUGAGGAUGAGGGCCAGAGAAUGGGCAAUGGAAAUGACUUCAGUGUUUCAGAAGGUUCUGGAUUUGACUUAUCCAGUCACCUCCAUGUUUUCCGGUGCUGCCUUCAACUCCAGCAUCAGCAAUGUCUUCAAAAGUAAACAGAUCGAGGACCUUUGGAUCCCAUAUUUCAAUAUCACCACUGACAUCACUGCCUCAGCCAUGAGAGUUCAUACUGAUGGUUCUCUGUGGCGGUACGUUCGUGCCAGCAUGUCUCUGUCGGGAUACCUGCCUCCUCUCUGCGACCCCAAAGAUGGACACCUGCUGAUGGAUGGAGGCUACAUCAACAACCUGCCUGCUGAUGUGGCGCGCUCCAUGGGGGCCAAAGUGGUGAUUGCUAUUGACGUGGGCAGCCGGGAUGAAACCAACCUCACUAAUUAUGGCGACUCACUCUCAGGCUGGUGGCUGCUAUGGAAACGCCUCAACCCCCUAGCUGAGAAAGUAAAGGUGUUAAACAUGGCAGAGAUCCAGACCCGGCUGGCCUACGUGUGCUGCGUGAGGCAGCUGGAGUUGGUGAAAAACAGCGACUACUGCGAGUACAUUAGACCUCCAAUCGACAGAUACCGAACUCUGGAGUUUGGUAAAUUUGAUGAGAUCGCUGAGGUGGGAUACCAGCACGGCAAGACUGUGUUUGAUGUGUGGAGUCGCAGUGGCGUGGUGGAGAAAAUGCUGAAAGACAGACACCAAGAGGAGUUCCACAACACCCAGAGCAAGAACAACGUGGUGACGUGUCCCAAUGCGUCCUUCACUGAUCUGGCAGAAAUUGUGUCCCGCAUCGAGCCCGUCAAACCCGCUCUGGUGGACGAAGAGUCAGACUACCACACCGACUACGAGGAGGAGGCACUGGAGAGCGCUCUGUCUGACAUGGAGAUGUACAAUCGCUACGGAGAGCACACCGAAGGGGAGGAGACCGCUGACACGGAUGAAGAGCUGGACGGCAGACGUGCACGCCCCAUUACCUCACUGACCAGCUGCCACCCUCCGUUUACCGCCGUCCCUGACAGGCCGCUGGAGGAGCCGUCAAACCACCAAGUCCUUUCCAAACAGUCCAUUAAGUGAAGACCCGUCUAAUGAACUCUGCCUGAACAGGUCAUCACAGUUUAACCCGCCUGUCUUUGCCACAUAUUACCCUCCAGUCUGCCCCACAUGCAAACCUGCUCUCGAGUGACUGCGAUUACCAUCCCUGACCUCCGUAACCUGGCCUCGUUAGCUGUGUGGCUGACAUAACAAAUGGACAGUCCCUUAAAAAAAAAGAAAAGAAUACAUACUGUAGGUGCUGGUUGCAUACUAAAUGCAUCCAGCGCCUAUGCAUUCCCAGUUCAUAGAGCAGCCGCUGGUCUAAUCAUUUCUCAUAUUGAGAUAGUUGAGAUGAUUUCUUGUAGCUUUAGAUGAAUCACACCAGCCCAGUGGAAGAUAAAAGAAAAGCUGGUGAGGCAAUACUAUUUCCAUGAAAUAUUCAUUACUUGGACCCAGGUGAAAACUAUGAAUCCUUACUGAUUGUAUUUAGAGUUGAGAAAAUUUAACGAGAUUUGAGGUAGUUGAACGUUACAAAAUAUAUAUAUUAUUAUUUUUUCACUCCUCUGUCGUCUAAACACACAGAUUGCUUCGGUGUGAGGUUUUUAAGUGUUGACAUAUCUGUUUCUCAGAUCUCUGCCACAUGCACUGUUACAGGAUUACAUGAAAAAUUCAUCACAUGCAAAGAUGAAAGGGAUGCCAACGAAAAAAAAAGAAAAUUAGAAAUAUUUUUCAGACAGAAUUCAACGUUUUAUUUCAAUUUGAUUAUAUGUACAUCUCCUCAGAUCACUAUAAUGCUUCAAAUGAAAGCAUCUAAGAAUAGAAAAAUCACUAAUUGGCUGAAUCGCUCACAACUACUGUCUACAGUAACGCUAUAACCUGUAAUGACGAGUCACAACGGCUGACGUUUCCCCAAGCUGAAAACGUUGGUUAGUGGGACUGAUUCCUAAGUGGUCAGUAACAUCAGUGGAUUAUCUGAUGAGAGACGUUGCUCCAGUUCUUCAGUAGUUUCAUCACCGCAAAUACAAAGUUAUUCACCUCACAUGCAUUUGCAGUGGCAGGAAUCUCAGAUACUGAUACGUCAGUUUUGUUACAUUAAGAAAAACUUGGUAAAAAUGUUAAACUGGCUUCGUAACGUGGGUGUCACACCCCAGGGGUUGGCGGGAACAGUGCCUAAAUCAGUUAAUAUGGACUAAAAUCAUGCUGACGACUAAGGAUGCCGCUGAAAACCCAGCUCUGAGUGUGGAUUUUUGCACAAAUUAAUUCCCAAACAAGUGCGUAUGGAGAAGGGGGUUGCAUUGUAAUGGAGCCUCUGCCGUCAGCGCUCAUUGUCAAUACGUGCAGAUAUUCCACCAGUCGUGGACAUAUUACCUGCGAUUUGUGAAACACUCGCAGCACAAGAGAAGCACAAAUAUUUUCAGCCGCUCUGCAGAACUCUGACCGUCCCCUC